UCUCGCAAUCUAUCACUCCCUCCCUCUAUCUUCUAUGCUUCACUCUCUUUCUCUCUUUCCUUCUAUUCCUGCCGGUUGGGUGCUGAAGUUAGGCGGAUGGCAGCUAUACACCUCGGCUAGAGAGCAGCACAAGCCUGUCCCGGACAGCUCCUUCCCAGGCAGCGGCAGCAGCAGCCCCCGUCCAAAGCGAGUGGCCUCUGGCGAAGUUGCUGAAAUGAGAAAGAGGCAGCAGUCACAGAAUGAAGAAACCUCUGUUGUGUCUCAAGCUCCUGGUGGAAACCAAAGGCCGAACACUUGUUGCUUUUGUUGGUGCUGUUGUUGCAGCUGCUCAUGCCUCACUGUUAGGAAUGAAGAGAGAGGGGAAGGACGAUCAGCACAUACAACCAAAUUGGAAAACAUACAGGUCGAAGAAGAAUGCCAAACUCCAAAUGAAGAAGAAAUUCUAUCUUGGUCUCACAACUUUGACAAGAUGAUGAGAAGUCCUGCAGGAAGAAAUUUUUUCCGAGAAUUCUUACGCACAGAAUAUAGUGAAGAAAAUCUCCUUUUCUGGCUUGCAUGUGAAGAUUUAAAGAAUGAACAAAACAAAAAAGUAGUUGAAGAAAAGGCUAGAAAUAUUUAUGAAGAUUACAUCUCUAUACUUUCACCAAAAGAGGUCAGUCUCGACUCUAGAGUCCGGGAAGUAAUUAACAGGAAUUUGCUGGAUCCAACCCCUCACAUGUACGAAGAUGCACAACUUCAGAUUUACACCUUGAUGCACAGAGACUCUUUCCCAAGGUUUUUGAACUCACAAGUUUACAAGUCUCUUCUUGAAAGUACAGAAGUCUCAACCACUGAAUCUUAGCUGAAACAUUUGGAAAACAUACUAUUUUUGUUUGUUUACUAGAACAAAAAUGUAGUUUAAUAACACCGAACACUGAGUUCCUGGAGAACUCCAGACAUGCACUACUCAGGCUACUGUGAAGAAUUAAACAAACUCUUCUGGUCUUGUC